AUGGACACACUGUCCGCCUGGGCUCCGACUCUGGAGCGCCCGGCCUGCGGGUGGAAAGACCGGCGCUGCCGGCCCCCGGACGGACCCUGCCAGGACACUGGAAUCCCCGGAGCCUGGUUUCAUCCACGCCUCGCCCCCUCCCCGCCGGAGCGGGACCUCGCCUCUCGCCUCCGGAAGCCGGGAGUGGGGGCUGUGCCCAUGGUCCACUGCAGGUGUGCCAGGUGUUUCUGCUACCCCGCCAGGCGCCGCGUGCGCAGGCGGCCCCGGAACCCCAGCAUCCUGAGUCUCCCGGAGGACGUGCUCUUCCACGUCCUCAAGUGGCUCCCGGUCGGCGACCUCCUGGCUGUGCGGGCUGUGCAUUCCCACCUGAAGUACCUGGUGGACAACCACGCCAGCGUGUGGGCGAGCGCCAGCUUCCAGGAGCUGUGGCCGUCCCCAAGGAACCUGGAGCUCUUUGAGAGGGCCGCCGCCAAGGGCAACUUCGAAGCUGCUGUGAAGCUGGGCAUCGCCUACCUCUACAACGAGGGCCUCUCCGUGUCCGACGAGGCCCGAGCCGAGGUGAACGGGCUCAAGGCCUCGCGCUUCUUCAGCCUGGCCGAGCGCCUGCACGCCGGCGCCUCGCCCUUCAUCUGGCUCUUCAUCCGCCCGCCGUGGUCCGCGUCCGGGAGCUGCUGCAAGGCCGUGGUGCACGAGAGCCUGCGGGCUGAGUGCCAGCUGCAGGGGGUGAGGCGGGGACCCCCGGGCGGGAGGCACAGGAAGUGGAGGUGUAGCCCCGAUCUAGCCGGCGGAGCGGAGGCGGGGCAGCGGCGGGCUGCGGGGCGGGGCGCUGACGGCCUCUCUCCAUCCCAGGCCCACCGGGCGUCCAUCCUGCACUGUCUGGGGCGGGUGCUGAGUCUCUUCGAGGAUGAAGAGAAGAAGCGACAGGCCCGGGACCUGUUCGAAGAGUCUGCCAACCAGGGGUGCCUGGCGAGCGCCUACCUGCUCUGGGAGAGUGACAGGACGGCGGACGUGGUGGACCCGGGGCGCAGCCUGCACAGCUUCCGGAAGCUCAGGGACUUCGCUGCCAAAGGCUGCUGGGAGGCGCAGGUGAGGGGAGGCGCGGCCGGCGCUGCAGGGCGGCCGGCCCAUCCCUGCCCCCGAGCGGGUGCUGUCCUGCCCUUGGGAGGGGCAAGAGCGCGGGGGCCCCCACUCUGCUGCCGUUCCUGCCCCGCAGCUCAGCCCUGGCCCACGCGCCUGUGGGACCUCACUGGGUUCUCCUGCGACGACCUCACCCCCUGCGUCCUGAGCCUGCACCAGAAGUGCUUCCAUGAUGACGCCCCCAAGGACUACAGGCAGGUCUCCCUGACCGCCGUGAAGCAGCGGUUCGAGGACCUGCGCUAUGGGGAGAUCAGCCAGGAGGAGGUGCUGAGCUUCGGCCAGCUGUGUGCCGCGCUGGGCGUGAAGCACGAGAGCCCCGAGCCUGUGCCCUUCCUCAGCGCCGGCGAGAUGCAGCCCUUCCUCAGCUCCCCGUCCGGACGCAGAUCCAAGCGGAAGCGGGAGAACGGCCCCCACGAGGACCGGGGCAGCUUUGUCGCCACGCCCACCGCCGAGCUGUCCAGCCAGGAGGAGACGCUGCUGGGCAGCUUCCUGGACUGGAGCCUGGACUACUGCUCGGGCUACGAGGGCGACCAGGAGAGCGAGGGCGAGAAGGAGGGCGAGGUGACGGCGCCCAGCGGCGUGCUCGACGUCACCGCCGUCCACCCGCACCCCGAGCAGCACUGCUGCCAGGACUCGAGCGACGAGGAGGCCUGCCCACAGCACACGGGGGGCCCGGACUCGCCCGCCUCCGGGGUGGGCGCCCAGACGCCCCCCUCCCCGGAGCCCCAGCCGCCCCCCCGCUGCACAGAGGAGCCGGCCAGGGACCUCACCACCUCAGGGUACUCCUCCGUCAGCGGCUCGGGGAGCCCCCUGCCACCUACCUCAGCGCCGUCCCCGGGCCGUGGCUCGCGCACGCGGCCCUGCCACCACCACGCCAGGAAGUCGUGUCUGCAGUGCCGCUCCCCCGGCUCCCCGGGCGGCAGGCGCCGCGUGAAGAGGAAGAGCCUGGCCCCCCGCGGUGCGGAGCCGGAGGUGCCCCCCAGCUUCCUGGGGCUCUGAGCCGUUGCCGCGCCCCCGGGACCUGCACGCCGCCGCCCGGGCACCGGUUUCCGUCUGGGUGUCGUGUGAGUGGUCAGGACGACUGGUCGGGGCGGGAGGCCGGGUCCUCCGGGAGUCUGGCCUCCAGCCACCCUGCUGCCCCCAGCGUUAUCUCUGCUCCCCGCCGCCGGCCGGCCCAGCACUGCACCCCACUGUUCUGUCUGUCCCGACUGUCUGUGUGGACCUCUCUUUGCACUGAUUUUCUGGGCCAUCUCUUUUCCUGUCUUCAUUUCCAGCCUUCGUUUUUCUAAAGCAGAAACAAAAGGGAACGUUUUGCAUAGAAAAUACUAAAUAAAAACACCGCGAGGUUUCAGCGUUACUGCACCGCGCCGACCCUGUGCUGGGGAGGCGCCGGCCGGCCCAGGCCUGUCCGCCGGACUCCGGCCCUGGCCCCGGGGUGUGAAAGACCCGUCAGGCUCGGGGCCGCGUCCCAGCAUCCCACCUGGCCCUCCCCGGUGGGUCGGCACUGGCCCCUGCGGUCAGCUCGCUCCCUCCUGGAAGCCAGGAGCCCCCAUACUCCAAACCGGCACUGCCGGCCAUGUGGGAGCUCCUGGGCGCUCCCCUGGCGCGUGCGCUGACAUCCUGGGCGGCUGUCAUGCACCUGAGAAUUCUGACCCCGUGGUGGGCCAAGGGUGGUCCCUUGGGGGGCACAGCAGACCCCUUCUUGGCGCCACUGCCCUGGCGGUGCCCCCUCUGUAAGGUGGGGCCGUGGUACCUACCUCACAGGGGUGUUGUGAGGAUUAAAUGCGUUGACAACAGUGAGGGGCGUGCCACGUGUCUUCCUGACGUCCGGGUCCUUGCCCCUUCCUGCUGCCCAGCUCUGGCCGACUGGUUCUCGCCGGGACUCCUAGCCUGCACCGCAGCAGGAGGCACCGAGUGGGCCCCACCAGCGACUGGCGGCCCUGUGCGUCUCCUUGAGCCCCAGCCGGACUCCCAGCCGGUUUUGGGAGUCCGGCGCCUGCUGAGUGCCAGCGGGGUCUCACCGCCCUUCGCGCUCACUGGCCCUCAUGUUGGGUGGGGGCCCCAGGGCUCCUGGCUCCCUCCCACUCCCCUU